UCAGUUGGAUGCUUUACUUAUACUUGGUUUACAUGCACUUAAAUCAAAAUGCAGUUAGGAAACGCCUCCUAAAACACAGAGCCUCAGCUCUGACUGUAAUGAUGCACGAUGAGUCAUAGGAGGAAGUCUGAGUUGCAGAUGGCUGCGAGUUACAUGCAUAAAAUUCAUUCAAACUGUAGGCAGUAGCUUCCUAUCUUCUGCAUUUCUUUUGGGAAAACAAAGCCAAUGUAUUUUUCAUAAAUAGAUAUUCUUUCAAUGAUAUAAUGCCUUUCCACUGUUCAGUCUUCAACUGCAAAGGAUAUUAUGAUAAUGACCCAAAAGUGUCCAUUUUCAAAUUUCCCGAGGACAAAAAGUUAAAAGCGCAGUGGACUCAAAGGCUCCUUCGUAAGGAUUUCAAGCCAAGCAAAAGCUCAAGAGUCUGUGAACCGUAUUUUAAAGAGGAACACAUAAUAAGAAAUAUGGAACAUUUUCAUGAAGAAAGUGGUUGCAUUCUGAAAGCUCCUCUUAAAUAUCCAAAAUUGAAAUCUCAUGCUGUCCCAGUAUAUGUUCAAGACUUCAGCCUACUAUAUUGCAAGCAAGAGAAACUCCUGAAGAUAAAAAAAAUGAGACAAGAAGCUACAGCUGUUAGAAAAGCUAUCACUGAAAGCAAAAGCAGCUAUGAUAAAGAAAGUGCACUUUAAAUCAAUUCCAGAGUUCAUCAACUGCCUUAAUUAAAUCUAUUUUGGUCCAUAAUUGGGGGAAAAAAGAUAAAAUAAUUUGUAAUAUUUCUGAUGAAAUUCCAGAUGUAAUGCCAUCUUUACGUGCAAAAUCUAAUUUAAAGUGUGAAAUUUAUUUUAAAAAAACAAGCAUUGGGAAAAACUACAUUUCUAUCAGUUAUUAAUAAUAUAAAUGAAUUAUGUGAAGUACUUAAUUACUUAGAAUCACUUGGAAAUAUCAAUAAGGAUAAUAAUAUUCACUCUCUUUCGGAAAUUAUAAUUAAAUUGUUCACCAAACUAAAAACUUUUGAAACUGUAAAAAAUAUAUAUACAGUUGAUUUUUCUCAUAGAGCAGGUUGAAAAAUUGAAUUUUUCUAAACAAUUUCUCAGACUCCCCUGAAUUGAUGAUUUUUUACAGUCUUUUAAACUCUCUCCGCAUUGUUACAAAUUUUUACGAAAUUCUGAAAAGUUCAUUCUUCCCCACCUCGAAACUCUUAGUAAAAUUUUUUCUAUAAAUGUAAAUCCGUAAUAUGAGCAGGCUACUUCAAACUUUUCAGUUAUACACGGCAAAAAGUUUCUUGUUUAUCUGAGGGGAAGGGGGGAAAAAAAAGGUUAUUUUAAUGGUUGAUGAAAUUCGCUUGCAAAGUCAUUUUUAUUAUGUUGGUGGAAAGAUAACGGGUAUGGCUUUUAAUAAUUCUGAAGUAGCCACAAGUGCUUUCGUACUUAUGGUUAGAUCCUUGCUUUCCCCUUGUAAGGAUGUUGUGCAUAUACUUCCAAUUAAGAGUUUAAUUGCUGAAAAUUUACAUGCACUUGUUAAAAAAUAAUAAUAAUUGGUCUUGAAACUCGCAAAGUUAUAGCUGUAGUUACGGAUAAUAAUUUUAGCAACAGUAAAGUUAUGUCAUUUUUUUCAAAACCACCAAAAAUAAGUAUUUCAUACAAACAUCCGUAUGAUUCUAAAAUACCUUUAUAUUUUCUAAUUGAUACUGUGCACCUGCUAAAAUGCAUACGGAACAACUGUUUAAACCAGAAAAGUUCUGGAAAUUGCAAGCAUUAUCUAGAUUUCAAUUCUGCCCAACCUUUUAAAACUGCUUGUUUUUCUACAUUAAAAGCAAUGCAUAAAGCUGAAAGUGGUGAAGUAUGCAUAUGGUCUUACACUGAAAGCUUUAUAUCCUUCUAGUAUUGAGUUUAAAUUGGCAUUACAAAUCUUUAAUCCCUUACUUGUAGAGAGUUUGUUAGUACUUGGGGGGGGGAAAAUAACAUUGAACAUUUUAAAGAAACUUCCGAAUAUAUUCAAAUUAUUUGUAAUUGGUGACUUAUUGUAAAUGCAAAAAUUGUGUACAAAGGUUUACGUAAAUCAGAUAAAUUUAAAGAACCUUUAAAAAGUGAUACUACAGAUGUAAUAUGUUUUUAAAUUAAUUCUUAAAAUGGAUUGAUAGUUAGGAACUCGUGAAUUGCACAACAGGAACAGUAACAAAGAAACUCGUACUGCUUUAAAAAAAAUUCCAGAAUGGCAGUAUUAGAAAUUGCCAAAUAUUGUUUUGAAGAAUUAAAGUUUGAUUAUUUUCUUCCAGGCAAAAUUCAAAUCGAUGCAUUGGAGCUAUAUUUGAAAAAUAGCACCAAUUAUCUGGAUCGCGUUACCGUGUAUCACUUCGACAAAGUUCUUUUCGCAUUGUUUGGAUUUGCACUAAUGUAUUUCUUAAUAAUUUUUAAUAACGAAAUAUUCAAGGAAAAGAAAA